AUGGCAUUUAGAUACCGUGAAGAUUUGGUCGGCAAACGAUUUCUCUCUGUGAGUGGUGUUUCUAAAAUAAACGUGAAUAAAGUUUCUGAAUGGGGAUGGAAAGCUGGUGUUAUCAGAGCAGCUUCUCAUAAAGAUAACAAGAAUAAGGAACUUCAGGUGUUGGUGGAAUAUGACGGUAUUGAUUGGCAACGUCGUGAAUGGGUGCCAGUGUAUUCGCGUAGAACGUUUCGUGUGUUUUUAGUUGAAAGGACUUUAGUCUGGGCUUCCAGAAAAUUAGAAAAAGAAGAAGUCAAAUGGCCCGCUUUGACCUUCACGCCGUUGUCAGCGGAUGUAACGCUUCAAGCGGAUGCGCAACCAGUGGAGUAUCUUCACGACAAGCAACUUCACUUUUUGGACUACGCCAACCUACAACCUUAUCAGGAAUGGGACGCAUCUCUAGCGGGAGCGGAAGCUGGUAUAGAUUCUUCCACGUUAUCAACACUUGCAGCUGAAGCUUCUGAGUGGAGAACAACACAAGAUGGUCAACGUAUCCUCACUACUACCCCGUCGGUGUUGGGUGGAUGCCGUGCACAAGUGUACAGGGUAGCUGGCGCCACACAGUGGUAUACAGCUGUUAUUGUCGGCGUCAACGAACAUACUGGGGAAUUAACGGUAACUGAUGAUACAGUUUUAGAAGAACACAGUGAAGAUCCGGCUUUAGUGCAGAUGAGACUACUUGGCGAUGGAGUAAUAGAAUCCAUAAUGAGAGGUGAAGUUGUGGGUGUAAUGCCAAGAAGAUCUCGGUCCAACCUACAAAGGGUGGAACGUGAAGCCACAAAGAGCCCUGCGACCACAGGCGGCAGGAAGAAAGCGGCUGUAAGGAGCAACGGCCAGAUCGCUUCCACAGAACCGCCGACGCAACCUGCAGGUUCAUCGCCAGAACGUGAAUCCACCGAAAUUAGUAAAAAAGGUACAACAGAAAGUGUCAGUGCGAGUGGUGAUGUGGAAAACAGUGAGGAAAACAAGUGCAUAAAGGAGGUGAAGGGCGAGUGUACGAACAGUGGUGGUGAAGUGAAGAGUGAAGUGAGUGCGGGCGCGGAUGGUGUUGGCAGCGCCGUGGCCUCCGAGGAGGACGAUUGUGUGAUAGUGUGCGCGCGCGAUGCGGACGAUCGGUCCGACUCCGGCGUGAGUGGCGUGCGCUCGGGCGGCUCGGCCAGUUCGGUGGAGGAGUGGCGCGGCAUGGCGCACGGCUACGGCGGCGGACCACCCCCGCCCCUGCUGCACCUGCCGCCCCCGCCGCCCCCCACGCUUUACCCCACAGAGCUGCUCUGGAAGCAGCGUUACCAGCCGCCGAUACAUACGCCGUUGCACCAUGCUAUCGCGGAUGACUACAUGGCGGUGCCUAACUACGAUAGAGAGAGACAUGAAAGACUGUUACGAGAACACAGAGAACGGAGGGAACAAGAACAACAACAACAGCGAGAAAUGCUGGAAAAGCAACAGAAAGAAAAGGAAAGAGAACGGUUAGAAAGAGAACGUGAAAGGGAAAAACAAGAAAGGGAAGAAAAAGAAAGGAGAGAUCAAGAAAAUGCUGCUUCGAAACUAGUGUCCAGGCAUUUCGAGGAAUCUCUUAGACUAGCAAAUCAAAAGCGUGAACGCAGUAUGUCGUGGUCGCUGUUAAAUAGUCUAGCACCGAACAGAGGUGCGGCUGCACCGGAACACGAUCGGUUACGGACCUCUGAGCGCGCGUACUACUCGCCGCCGGCGCACCCGCCUGACCGUCUCCCACAGCCCGAUUAUGCAACGCACGCGCAGCACAACCCCCACGCACCCCACGCGCCGCACACACAGCAUCCCUCGCGCCAUUCUUUAGCCAAAUCCGAUAAACACCCCGUCCUUCCUAAAGGCGAACCAAAUUUUGCCCCGUACAACUAUCCAAACUAUAGGUACGAUAAACUCAAAGAUCAACUCCUACCGGCGCCCCCUCCUCUUGUUCCUGAAAAAAAUUCUGUGAUAGUUAAGCACGAUGCCAAACAAAUACACUUAGAGCAGAAGCAUCCUUAUCCUAGUAAGCCGAGAAGCGAACCAUCCCCACACUAUCUUCCAUCGCGGCCAUAUCGGACGGGGCUCUCUCCUCACGCCCCGCCUCAUCCACACCCCGCGUUGCAAACGUCCCCUCACGCGGCGUUACCGGCUCAAGACAAAAAUCGAAGACUGUAUCAGCCUCAACCGCAAAGGUCGCCAGCUGCUUAUUACCAAGCUGCGCCUGCGAAACCAAAGGUUUCUAGUCCGGCUCCACCACACAUUUAUGGAAAGCCAAGCAGCAAUUCCCCUGGACCUGCACCUGCACAACAUUUCGCAGUAGCAGUAGAACCUCCACUUCAACUCACAAAAGCUGAGCCACCUCCGGUACCAUAUCCUCCGCCGUCUGCGUAUUCCCCGGCGCCGCGCACGCGACCGCCGCCCGUUGCACAUUCGCGGACCCCUGAACCUAGGCCACCUCCACGGGCACAUGGUGAUCUCACAAAUUCAUCAUCUCCAUGUCAAACUCAACCUUUGGAUCUUGGUGUUGCGAGAGAAGACCCCGAUCGUCUCUCACCCAGAAGACGGUGUCCAUUCGACCCCGCGGAUUCGGAAUCCAAGCGCCGACGACUAGAGAGUCCCGCGCCGGAACCUUUAAUAGCGGCAGCUGCUAGUGUUGGUCGAACGCCGUUAGGAUCGGAACCGGCUCCACAAGCUCCGGGUCCCCCUUGCGAUGUGCGCGUUCCAUCAGCGGAUGGUAGUAUUGAAACCCCAGAAAAAGCGGCCGGAGCUUCUCCCGCGCCGCAAAUUACGCCGUCAGCUAGUCCUGCGCCUGCGACACCAGUCCCCCCAGUAGCUUCAACACCGCCCAUUGCCCCACCGACGACGUCGUCUCCUCCCCACACUCCUCCAGUUACAACAGUAGCUGAUAGCGACACACCUGCCAAAAUUGCAUCUCCGAGCCCGAGGGAUGGAUCAGCGCCUGUACGGCAUUUGGGCAAAAAAGCUUGGCUACAAAGACAUGAAACUGCGCCCAUCGGCGAAGGAGAUUGUUCAGGUGGUGGCGGAACUUGUAUAACCUUACCGAUGACUAUCACUCGUAUGUCGGAACCAGAUGAUUCAAGUUCAAACAUAGUUGUACCGGUUGCGGCAAAGUCAAUCCAGCGAGGUGCACGAAAAACGUCAAAACCACGAAAACCAAAGGAAGUGAACGGUCGUGUAGACGACGCAGAGGAGGACAGUUCGAGUUCAGAGCGCGAGUCUACAUCGCCACCGAAAAGAAAGCCGCCAAAAGCGAAACGGAAAAAAGGGACGGUAAAAAAAGCGAGCGAUGAGCCUAAAAAAAAGAAAGCAUCAGAAAGUGGCAGUGAGAGUGAUAAAGAAAGUGAUGAUAAGGACUCUGAUUCAGGUGGCAGUGGUAGUGGUAGUGGGAGCACGUCCAGUAAACGUGGUGGUGGCCGAGCUAGGGGUCGUAGGUCGAGGGGUGGAGGUCGUGGAGGUCGCCGACGAGAAGAUCCCCCACGUAGAACACCAUCGGCCGCCCGGACUAAGUCAACAUCUGAAUCGUUUCUACAAAACGGGCCAUGUUUUGAAGUGGCUCCGAGAUUAGCGAAAUGCCGCGAAUGUCGGUGGUCUCCCGCACAAAGGGACAAGGACAUGCCGAAUAUAUUUUGCCGUUUUUACGCUUUCCGAAGACUGAAGUAUGCCAAGAAUAGGCAAUUAGCUAUAGCCGGCUUCUCGGACCCUUAUAAGGAUGCUGAGGAGGAGGAUAAAAAAUUAUGGCUGUCGUCAUCUGCCGGUGCAGCCGAAUUAGACAUCGAAAUGAGUUGUUUCCUAUUAAGAGAAAUCGGGGAUCAGUUCUGUGAACUGCUACAGCAAGAGAAAGAGGCAGAAUCACACCAUAUAAAUGAAGAUAAAACGAUAGCAUGGAAGCGAGUAGUGCAAGGAGUUCGCGAGAUUUGCGAUGUUUGUGAGACCACGCUAUUUAAUUUCCAUUGGACGUGCGGGAAGUGCGGGUUCGUUGUAUGCCUCGACUGUUAUAAGUCAAGAACGUCCGGUGAAUCGGGCAACUCCCCGACCGAGAGCAAUAGUUCCGCUAAUACCUCUACCAACGGUGAAAGAGAUUCAUUUGGAUGGCUAACAUGUACGUCAGGGGGUGCUCAUCCUGCCCGUAGACUGUUACUGACCCAAAUAGCAGCCGGGGGCGCUCUCACCGCUGCGGCCGCGAGGGCUCAUAGGGCUCGUGCGGCAUUCGCCCUCCCGCCCUGUGCCUGCGGACACAGUACAGACGCCCCGGAGCCCAUGAAGACCGCUGCAAGGCAACUCUUACAACGGGCUUUGCAAAAGAAUAUCAAAAAAGAAGACGUCAAAGAAGAAAACGCUUCUACCAAUGGCUCUUCACCAGUGAAAUCAGAGAAUGGCAAAACUGGUUCAAUAGUUAGCUGGUUAUCAGAUAUACCUAUAAAGGCGGAAACGAAAGAAGACAAGUCUGACACAAGUUCAUCAGAGUCAGAAGAGGGCAGCAAUUUUUCAACGCUUCGCGAGCUAUUAAUACGGCCGGCGCCAGAAGGCGAGGUUCCACCCAAGAAGAAGCAAAAGAAGAACAAAAGUGACAUCCUCGAUGACGUCAUAUCCAGUGUUGUAGAUGAAAAGAAAGAUGGCGAGACUAAACCCUUCGCGUUAUCAAAUGUGGUUAAGAGAUACGACCGAGGGCGCGGCAGAGAGGAGUUGCCCAUACGGAUAAUGACCUUGACUGAAUCUAAGGUGUUAUACCCAGAUGUUCCUCACGCAUGGCUCUGUGACGGCAAGUUAUUGCACCUCACCGAUCCUGUGCAUCCCGGAAACUAUAAACCUUUCCAGGACCAAUGGAAACGUGGGCAACCAGUUUUAGUAUCAGACGUGUCGAGUCUACUCGACAAGGACCUGUGGACGCCGGAGAGCUUUUCGCGCGACUUCGGCGACGCGCGCGUCGACCUCGUGAACUGCGCGUCCGGCCUCGUCGUGCCCAACCAGCCCGCGCGCAAGUUCUGGGACGGCUUCGAGCUGGCGGCCAAGCGCCUGCGCGACGAGCGUGGCGCGCCCAUGGUGCUCAAGCUGAAGGACUGGCCCCCCGGCGAGGACUUCGCCGAGCUGCUGCCCGCGCGCUUCGACGACCUCAUGCGCGCGCUCCCGCUGGCCGAGUACACCUCGCGCCACGGCCGCCUCAACCUGGCCGCGCGCCUGCCCGACUGCUUCGUGCGCCCCGACCUCGGGCCCAAGAUGUACACGGCGUACGGCGGCGCGGGCGGCACCACCAACCUGCACCUGGACGUGAGCGACGCGGUCAACGUGCUCGUGCACGCCAGCGCGCCCGCCGACGCGCCCGAGCGCGCCCGCGAGGCCGCGCGCGCCGCCGACGAGGCCGGCGUGGACGUGCUGUCGCGCAAGCGCGCGCGCCUCGCGCCGCCCGCCGCGCUCUGGCACAUCUACGCGGCGCGCGACGCGGACAAGAUCCGCGACUUCCUGGUGAAGGCGGAGCUGGACCGCGGCGCCCGCCCGCGCGCGCACCACGACCCCGUGCACGACCAGACCUGGUACCUGGACGCGGCGCUGCGCCGCCGCCUGUACGCCGACUACGGCGUGGAGGGCUACGCCGUGCUGCAGUGCGCGGGCGACGCCGUGUUCGUGCCGGCGGGCGCGCCGCACCAGGUGCGCAACCUGCUGGACUGCGUCAAGGUGGCCGAGGACUUCGUGUCGCCCGAGAACGUGUCGCGCUGCUUCGAGCUGGCGCAGCAGUUCCGCCGCCUGUCGCGCCAGCACGCCAACAAGGAGGACAAGCUGCAGAUCAAGAACAUCGUGUACCACGCGGUCAAGGACUCGCUGUGCUGCCUCGAGGACGCGCUCGCCGCCGAC